AUGCUUGCGGGGUUGAGUUGGGUGGGCUGGCCGGCCGGCCGGCAGCUUUGGCCUAGGGUAGCUCUCGACCCAAUUGGGAAAUACACUGACCAUGAUGGCAAGGGCGGCAGCGAUCUUGCUCAGGUCUAUGGCAUCGUACUUUAUAAGCUGAACCUUAGCCGCCUCACUUAUACAUUCAACAAUCGACAGAAACAUUCAUCUUCCAAGGAAACCAAUUCAAUCACAUUCGCCCAACUCGAAGUCCGUGUUUUCGACAUGCCUACCACAAGAUCCGGGCGCGAGUCCAACCCUGAAGCGUCCUCAGCGCCCUCAGCGCCCAAGGCCAAGUCAACACGUCCACGGCGACUCUCAAGUCCCCACAAGGCAAAGAAAGCUUCCGGGGGAGCAUUGGCUGCAUCAAAUAGACGCCGUAGCCGCAUCAUGAGCACCGAGGCAAAGCACGAAUGGACGUACCAGUACUUCCAAGGUCUGGACGUCAACGACUUGCCCGAGCUUGAACCCGAGGCAGUUCCGUCUGGCACGACUCAAGUCAACUUUACCUCCCCGUUUGAAGGAGAGGGCAUCUUUGAAGUCGUCGCUGGAAAAGAUGGGCCUGGUAGCGGAGCCGUCCGACUUUCCAGGGUGAAAGAUGGCCACUCGGAUACCUUUAUCGUACCUUUUCAAAAUAUCGAUAUGGACAAACACCUGCAUAAGUCUCCAGAAGGGCAACCGCCUGUCUUCAAGAUAAUCGAGGCCAAAUUGAACGAACAGCUGGCUCCGCAGAGCAAAAAAGUGAUUUUGUAUGUGGACAAGACGCCUGUUCCAACCGACGUGCUGAUGUUUAAAUGUAUUGCCGCUCUCACGUCAGUCUCGGACAGCUACGUAGAGAGAGGUGAAGGCUCUCUCUUUUUCCUUUCGACGGGAAUACUCUGGCUGGGAGAAAGCACAAUCUAUCUCUCCAUCAAAUCUCUCUCUCGAAGCCUCCUCCCCUUUGCAAGGGACGCUGCAUCCAAGACAGCACCCAAACCCCCUUGGCCUAUUGUGGCAAUGGGAUUGUUUCUGCCAGUGUCGGAGCCUUUCUACAAUGCAAAGGGCGAGGAUGAUGAUGGCACGAUCCUUGAGUUUAGGGACAUUGAGAACUACAGCUCAGUUAAGGGCAAGAUCAUAUCGUACUUUGGGGAGCACAAUGUCGAACUUGACCAGGUGGAGCAGCAUUUCUACAACUACAAGGACGACGAGCCAAUGAGUGGAUUUAGCCCUCUCAUGGAAGACUAA